AUGCUCGCUAAUGCACUGACACGAGAGGUCAGCCUGAAGGUCGGACCGGUCAUGCUUGAAGUUCUUGUGAGGCAUUUCUUCGAUCGCCUAAGGAAGGACGCGGAGAGAAGAAAUGAUUCUGGAGCCCGGCUGAAGGAGGACGAUGUUUUGUAUGAUGAAGCAUUCAACAUUGUGAAGGCUUUCUUGCACGCAUCCACUUUCCAUACGGUGGAAGAACUGCAGGGUUUUUCUAACACACGGACACCAUCUCCGCCAUGGGUGCACGUAAUCCGUACCGUUGUGCCAAUGACAUGUUGCGAAGAAGCUUCAACCCGUCUAAUCAAGGCCCUGGGAGGCGAAGAAGCCGCCCGACGGCUCGUCGGAGGGACGAAAUGGUGGCAAGUUAGAGGGAUAAAUGGUGUUGACGCUCAGUGGAUCACCGCCAAGAAGGACUGGCAAGAAGCAAAACGCAGACACAAGAUGCAGAAGGAACGCAAAAAGGAUGGAUUGCCCGUACCUCCAGUCCCACCAUCGUCUGCUGGAUCGUCUGCGGACGCUCCUACGCAAGAUGAAGGGGUCUACAACAAAGACAUGGACGCUAUGCGAUGCAUUUUAUACCUGCACGGAGGGGGAUAUUAUUUCGGCAGUGUAGAUCAGGAAAGGUAUAGUAUCCAAAGACACGCACGCAAAAUUAACGGCCGAGUUUUCGCUAUAAACUACCGCCUUGCGCCACAAUAUCCCUUCCCGUGCGCUCUGCAAGAUGCAGUAGCGGCAUACCUCUUCCUCAUCAGACCACCAGCUGGUGCAGACCAUAUCGCCGUAAAACCCGAGCAUAUAGUCGUGGCAGGAGAUUCUGCUGGAGGUGGUCUAUCUCUUGCCCUUCUGCAAGUCAUACGAGAUAGCGGCCUGCCUUUGCCAGCAGGUGGAGUGCUCAUUUCCCCGUGGUGUGACCUUACGCACUCGUUCCCAAGCGUGCAUAUCAACACGAAGACCGAUGUCAUACCUGAAUCUGGCCUCUCAUUCCACAAACCAAGUAUCCUUUGGCCCCCACCAUCACCAGAGGUGUCCACUCGCGUGCAUGCAUCCCUUCGUUUUCGCAUACGGCAAGCGUUCAAGAUGGAGGAUUCCAAGAUUUUUAACCAACUGUCCACUGUCAUUUCUGACCACAAUACCCCACAUCUCGCGGAGUUAGACACACCCAUUCCCGACACGGCACCUGUUGACCCGGAGAAAAUCAUCGUUCAUACAGAAACCGGCGAAGUCCUCGAAGCCAAUGAACAACUUCACUUUUAUACUGUCAACAGUCUCUUGGCCCAUCCACUUAUCAGCCCUGUUACAUCAUACCUCGGUGGACUACCUCCACUUCUUUUCAUUGCUGGUGAUAAGGAAGUCCUCAAAGAUGAGAUCGUUUAUGCUGCGCACAAGGCUGCAUACCCUGAAAAGUACCCAAUCACGGAAGAUGCCCGACAACUGUAUCCUUCUCUGGUGGGCAUCGAAGAACGCUAUCCCAAACCAACACCGGUCCAUCUGCAAGUCUACGAUGGCACGCCACAUAUCCUUCCUGUUCUGUUUUCCUUCACCACGCCUGCCAAGUUCUGCUUCCGAGGAAUUGCUAGUUUCAUCAAAUUCGUUACGGAGAUGACACCUCUGCCAAUUCCAAUGACGAAGGGCGGGCGAUCGACCCCGACUGUGCAGAGAACGCAUUCCAUCAGCCGUCGAUCGUCAUUAUUUGCUGGGUUCAGCAAAUCGCGGCUGGAGGCAGCUGCACCACCGUCACCGGUAACUGCGACCCCGGAGCCCACCAUUACCGUGACCGAGUCGCCUCCACCGCCUGUUGAAGCAGAGCCUCAAGUAUCUCUCAGUCGUCGGCCGUCUCUGCGACGGCAGCUUUCUGCACGCCUGGCUCGAGCUGGAAGCGUACUCAGACGCACCCCAUCUCCUGGUCCUUCAAUACAGGAAGAAUCUGCCUCUCCAGCACCCACACUGGCUCCUGCGAUCACUCCUGAGGCAAAGUUGGAGGUGAAGGCCGAACCCGAGAAGAUGGAUGAGAAGGAGAAGGACGACCAAACUCGCCAGACGUCGAUUGGGUCGAGUGAUGUUGGAGGACCGAGGUUCCAGAUGGCAUCUUUGCCUCCUGAGGAGCCUGUCGGAGAGCGUGAGGCGGGAGAGCUUGUCGUCUACGCUGACAUCACUAACCGGUCGUCCUGGGAUUGUCGGAUGAUACGAGAGCGAGUCUCGACAGCAGGCGUCAUCCGGCCUCUCGAACCGGAGAGUGAGCUGGAUGCUUUCCAGCUGCCUCAAGAUAGAAUCGGGAAGCUAUCCGAAACGACGAUGCGGCGGUACCUCCGCGACCGAGCUCUCUUCGACAGGAAGUUCGUGCACACGACGAAGACUAUCGAAAAACAUCGUCGGCAUAAUCUCGAGCGUGCUAAGGAAGACACGAUCAAGCGCUUAAGCAUCCUCAAGGCGACGAUAACUCGGGAUGGCAAGGCUGCAGCGAACGGCUCUUCCAAGAAGGAGAUCAAGGAGAAUGUGAUCACUUCUCCUGGUUGGGCUUGGGCUUGGGCCCUGGACGACUCGGAAUGCCCGCCGCCCAGCAGUAUUGUCUCGAGGAGGGACACAGAAGAGGCGAGGAAGUUGGCUGCGGUUGCUGACCAGGCGAUUGUCGGCGAGGACCAGACCUUCAGCGGGAACAACCUGUGGUCAGUCGUCAUCAACUUCCUGACAGCUACUCCUGGAAAAGAUAGCCAUGUUCUCCAUAAGUCGCGUAACGGCUCGGAGGUUGAGGUUAACGGUGAUGCUGCUUCUUUAUUGGCGGAGGAGAGACCGAAGCUGCAGAAAAGGAGGUCAAUCUUUGGGCGCCAUCUGUGGCCACGCACCGAACAGGAAGCGAGAGUAUAA